AUGGCGGCAGAAGGAGGACAGCCCGCGCCCAAAAGCGAGGCUCCAGAGAAAAAAGACCAGGCCGCGCAGGCAGACCAGAAGAAGGCAGACCAGAAGAAGGCCUCAAAAGACCAGCCCAAGGCCGGCGCAGCAGCUGAACCCGCCGGCGAGAAGAAGCUCUCGGGCGCAGAGCUGAAGAAGAAGGCCAAGGAGGAAAAGGCCGCCAGAAGAGCGGCCGCCAAAACGACACAGCCCCAACCGCCAGCCGGAGCGCCAGCCCAGAGCGACGCAAAGAGCGGCAGCAAACCGAAGCCAAAGCAAGACGGGCCUGGACAGGCUGCGGCCCAGCAUGGAAAGAUUCCCGCGCCGCGAUCGGCUGCGCCUGUGACAGCAGCGCCCAAGGAGGUGAAGCCGUCGAUUCCAGAUUACUUUAGCCACCUGGCCAUGGCAAAGGGCGUCAACAUCACCCAUGCGGACAAGGACGUCCACCCGGCUGUUUUGGUGCUGGGCCAGCAGAUGAGCACCAUGGCCAUCAGUGAUAGCACCACUCGGCUAGAGGCUACUCUCCUGGCGUUCAAAAAGGUCAUCGACUCAUACACAACACCCCAUGGAACCACCCUUUCUCGACACUUCACCUCCCACGUCCUCAACCCGCAAAUUGUCUAUCUCACAGCCUGUCGGCCCAUGUGCUUCUCCAUGGGCAACGCCAUCAGGUGGCUUAAGCUUCAGAUCAGCAAGAUUGAUAUCGACAUGGCCGACUCUGACGCUAAAAAGCUACUGUGCGAGGCUAUUGACAGCUUCAUCCACGAGCGCAUCACUCUCGCCGACCUCGUCAUUGUCAACACGGCGGCCGACAUGAUUGACGAAGACGACGUCAUCCUCACAUAUGCGCACCACCACCUCGUAGAGAGGGCCCUCCUCAAAGCCAAAGCCAACGGCAAGCACUUCAAGGUCAUCCUCGUCGACGAUCCGUUUGAGAGAGUCGGCCUCGGCCACGUCAAGAAGCUAACCGCCGCCGGCAUCCCCGUAAUCUACUCCCCCGACUUUGGCGCCCUGCGCACCAACCUCCAGGAGUCAACCACUGUUCUCGUCGCGGCAGAGGCCCUGUUUAGCAACGGAGCCAUGUAUGCGCGAGCAGGCACAUGCGAUGUUGCGACAGCCGCGUUCGACUUGGGCAUGCGAGUGACUUCGCUGUGCGAGACUAUCAAUUUCACAGAGCGUGUGUCGAUAGAUUCGCUCACGUAUAAUGAGAUUGAUCCGGAGCGGAACACGGAUGAGGAGUUUAGGCUGUUGUUUGACACGACGAGGGAUAAGUAUAUUUCGGCUGUGGUGACGGAGUUGGGCAUCUGUUCGGCAAAGUCGGUGCCUGCAAUUUUGCGAAAAUUGGAGGAAUUGUAA